GUGAAGGACAUCAGCCUACACAUUCCUCUCCAUUUCUGUCUUGGUCUUUCAGUCUAGACAUCUUGAAUGACAUGCAUCAUGAACAUUUUAUGCCUUUGGAUAUUUGUUGGUGCUCUGGUGUCUUCUAAUGCUUUGGGCUGCGGGAGAGUAAGAUAUACAGAAGUCAGCAUCAAUGCCUCUCUGAAAUCUCAAGUCUUUCUCCCGUGUCACUUUAAUACAAGCUUGAACAAUGAAACAGUGAUAUGGAGUCACAAUAAAGACACUCUUGUAAAGAUCAUAGCUGAUGGCAGAAUCUACUUUGAAAAUCCUAGAGAAGGACGAGUGACUGCUUUUCCACUUUUAGUUGAGGAAGGAAACUUCUCCAUCCUCAUCCAUGAUCUGGAUUCUUCAGAGGUUGGUGUGUACUUUUGUGAGUGGAACAGUGAAUGCUGGAGAGUGAGGAUCACAGAAAUACAGAAUCAUUCAUCGCAGGAAAUUUAUUAUUUAAGUCCCUGGUUCUACUUUGCUGCUGGAGCUGGGUUGUUUAUCAUGCUUUUCAUUGUAUUCAGCAUGAUUUCAAAACUAUUUGGAAAGGAUAAAUCAUCCGAGUCUAACUCUGUUAAUGUAAUACAUAGUGAAGGCAACUAUCCCGUCGAACAAAGCAGAAGUCACAGAAACAACCGGGGUCCAAGAAGGGGACCUUCAGUUGUUUAUGAAAAUGAUGGACCUGCAUCAUAUCCCAGUUCUGCUGUGCAGCAUGGGCAACAUCCUCAGAGAGCCUUCACAGCUGUUCCUGAGCCAACUAGUCAUUCAGAUGUAAAACCAUACUAUGUCAACCAGGCGGAGCUUUCCAUCUCAACAAAUGCUGGCAAAAAACGCAAAAAACAAAAGCCAGCCUACCAGUUUAAAAACCCAAUAUACGGAGAAUGAAGCAUCAGAUGUCAGACUGCGAUGACAGUUCUACAGCGCACACAAUUUUAUUACAGACAUUUUUUACUAAACAGUUCAAUAUCUUAAUAAAUGUUGAUGUUCAAUGUC